UGUGGCUGCAGCUUGCAGGGUAGUGACUGUAGCUCUGUAAUGUGGGUCUUGCUUUCCCCCAGGAACCUGAGAGCCACGAGCUGCAGAACAGUUUCCAAGCACCCUGUCAGCUGUUCCUAACUGUAGAUCAUCGAAGUUCUCUUUUUUAGGAGAAGUUAUACUGGGCAUCAUGAACGUCAAUGAUUUUGUAAUACUGCCAGGCUCAAAAGCUGGAACCUCAGUGAGAUUAAAAACAAAAACUGUCAAGGAAUUGCAGCUGGAGAAAGUGCAGUUAGAAACAGAAAACAGAGAGAUGGAGAAGAGACUACGGCAGCUGCAGUCAAACAUGAGCAGAGAAAAAGAGGAGAGGAGGAAAUUAGGUGCUUACCAUUGGAAAUCUGGGCAGGCAGGACCAAGGACCAGUCAAGCCCGAGUUCUGGCACAAAAUAAUGAUAACAGGAAAAAGGUUUCUCCAGAAAAAGUGAAGUUGCAAAUACUCAAGGAACAGAUUCAAGAGCCAGUGAAAGAACCAGUUAAGCCUGAAAGAAGAAAUGUUGUAGCUCGUGAAAAAUCGGAAGUGAAGGGGAUGGCCUGUGGGCUACCAGAAAUUAAGGGUGGGCUGCUGGAGCCAGCCUCAGAAUCAACCUGUGCAAGCCUUGGAAAGCAGGACAAAGGAUUAUUGCUGAGUGGUGCCUUUGAUGAGGAGGCAUCUGCAAAGUCUUUUCAGGAAGCUUUGCUUCAAUGGAGAAAAGAUAAAAGUGAUCCUGGAGAACAACUGUGUGCCAGUGAUGUCCCAUCAGAACCUGUGGGGAUUUGUGAGGUCCAGACCAAUGUUACUGUUGUGAAGGAACCCAUCCAUGUGGAAUUCCAGAAGGAGGGCCUGAGCUACAUGGAGAAACUCCUGCUGAAGAAAUACAGAAGGACUCCUGCUGAUCAAAUUUUUGCAAGUUGCAUGAAAGAUUCAAGGCCUGUGCAAGCCCUGAGCAUUCAUCAGGCUGGGACUGGAGGAGGGGGAGAAGGAGAUGAUGAUGAUGACAUUGAGGACUUAACAGCUGAAGAGGUGAAGAAAUACUGGGCAUCUGUUUAUAGAGUGGAAGAACCCAGCACUGUUCCUGAAAAUGCAGAGUGCUCUUUGAAAAUUGAGUUCCUUGAUGAUUCUCAUAGCAAGGACUUGGAAGAAUCAUCAGACUCUUCAGUGGAGGAAGCUGGAGUGGUGGCAGUGAAUAAGCAAGGCAAAACUGACCCACUGCAGCAGUGUGGGAGAAAUCCUGUUUCUUCUAAAGAAAUUUCUCAAGAAACACUGAUUGUCUGCAGAGAUCUUCACAUAAAUGCUGUGCAGGAGGAGAGUAUUGAACCAAGGGCUGUGAGAUCAUCCCUGAGCUCCUGUGGUCUUCCUGAGGAGAUCUCUAACCCCACUGAAGUAGUGAGCAAAGAUCUCCUUGAGACACAAGUGCAGAAAAGCAGGAGAGAGCCACAAGAACUGGGCAGUGUCUGCAAUAGUCCCAAUUUGGUCUUGCCUGUAAUUAAAAGAUCUUUAACAUUACAGGAUGUAGCCAAAAGACAGAAAUGUGGUUCUACAUCGUAUCAGGGACUUGAAGGUUUCUUUGUUCUUUGUGCAAACCCUAAACAAGAAAAGCUGGAGGCACCUUCUUCCCUGAGUGCUGCCUCCAGCCCGAGGGACAGGAGUAUCCCUUUCCAAGGAGAUGGGCAGUGGGUUUCUGAAAGGAGCUUUAGUGAAUAUGCUGAUGACUCUGUAGUUCAAGGUGUCUUAGAAAGUGAACUGACCAGGGCUGCAAAUGCUUUCAAGGCCCAAAAGGAACUUUCCUCUCUGAUGGCAGCGUGGAUGCCAUGCCCAGGCCCUGAAAACCAUUACAACUUAACUUGUGAAGAUGGAACCUCCUCCAGCAAACCCUGGGAGAAGAUCUGUGGAAAUGCAGAUUUCCAGAACACCCUGCAGCUGAAAGACCAUGACACAUUUGAUAUUUUCGGGGACUGGGAUGAAAGGCAAAUGGAUGAUGAGGAAGCGAUUCUGGAGGACAAACAGCAGGUUCUGGCCUUGCAGUGAACAUGGAAAACUCAGUUCAGUCCCUACCUUUGUAUGGUACAGAACCAAGAAGAUCAAGAGGUGUUUUAAGUGCUGCUCAAGACAUCAUCUGCUAAGGAAUAUUCUGUAAAGUUGUCAUUAAAACUUCUUGAAAACACA